UAGCUCACGGUCUGACAAGUCGCACACAUUGGGCCAGAAGGGGGAAGCGCGGCGGCGGAGAAGAAGGGCGACCCAAGCGCCGCUACGAAAUGGCCGGGCAACAGUUCCAGUACGAUGACAGCGGCAAUACCUUUUUCUAUUUCCUCACGUCCUUCGUCGGACUUAUUGUGAUCCCAGCCACAUAUUACCUCUGGCCCCGGGAUCAGAAUGCUGAACAACUGCGUCUGAAAAGCCUGCGGAGGGUCCAUGGCAGGUGUCUGUGGUACCGGCUCAGGCUGAUGAAGUCACAGCAGAGCAUCGUCCCGACACUAAAGAAAGCAGCCUUGUUAUUUGGGUGGGCUGUGUUCCUGCUGCUAGCCUACAAGGUGUCCAAGCUGGACAGAGAGUACCAGGAGUAUAAUCCUUAUGAAGUCCUCAACUUGGACCCGGGCGCAUCGCUGUCAGAAAUCAAGAAGCAAUACCGUGUACUGUCACUCAAAUACCACCCUGACAAAGGUGGUGAUGAGGCCACAUUCAUGAGAAUUGCCAAAGCCUAUGCUGCUCUGACCAAUGAACAAUCUCGGCUCAACUGGGAAGUAUACGGCAACCCAGAUGGUCCAGGAGCAACCAGCUUUGGUAUUGCCCUGCCUGCAUGGAUUGUUGACCAGAAGAACUCAAUGCUGGUGCUGUUGGUGUACGGACUAGCCUUUAUGGUCAUCCUCCCUGUUGUUGUGGGCACAUGGUGGUAUCGCUCUAUCCGCUACAGUGGAGACCAGAUCCUCAUCAACACCACUCAGCUCUUCAUGCAUUUCAUGUAUAAAACGCCUAACAUGAACAUGAAACGGUUAGCCAUGGUUUUGACAGCAGCAUUUGAGUUUGACCCUCGCAGCAAUAAAGAAGCCACCAUACGGCCAACAGACAACAUUGAAGUGCCACAGUUGAUCCGUGAGUUGGGGAACAUCAACGUGAAGAAGAAGGAGCCUCCAUUCUGCUACCCAUACAGUUUGAAGGCCAGGGUCUUGGUGCUAUCUCACCUUGCACGCAUGGAUGUAUCAGAGGAGUUGGAGGAAGAUCAGAGGUUUGUGGUGAGGAAAAGCCCAGCUCUCCUUCAGGAGAUGAUCAAUGUGGGCUGUCAGCUUACCAUGAUGGCCAACAGUCGAGGAGGUUUCCAUGCUCCUCGACUUGUAACCAUAGAGAAUUGUAUGAAGCUGACCCAGAUGAUAGUGCAGGGCCUGCAGGAGUCAAAGUCACCACUGCUGCAGCUGCCCCACUUUGAGGAGGAGCAUCUCCGCUACUGCAUCUCUAAGAAGUACAAAGUUCGGAGCCUGCAAGACCUGGUGAGUCUCAAAGACUCAGACAGACGCAGUAUGCUGCGUUUCUUGGGGGAGGAGAAAUACGAUGAGGUCAUGGCUGUGCUGAGCAGCUUCCCUCACAUCACCAUGGAUACCAAACUGCAGGUCCUUGAUGAUGAAGACAGCAAUAACAUCACAGCGGGCUCUAUCGUCACAGUUACUGUCACCUUAACCAGAAAACGGAUGGCGGAGGUGUUUGAAAAGGAGCAGGAAUCCACACAGUGUCCAGGAGAGGAGGCUACCAACACAGAGGAAGCACAAGGAGACUCUAGUAAAGCCAAAACCAAAGUGUGGCAGAACAAGAGUAAAGGGGCUAAGAAGACAGCCAAGUCCAAGAAGAAAAAAUUAACCAAGAAGAAGGCCACUCCUGCACCUGCCAAAACCAAACAGGCCAAUGGCAACGUGGCAGGAAAUGAAGUCGUUGCAGCAGCAGCAACGGCAGCAGCAAAGGAGGAAGAAGAUGAGGCCUCAGACAAAGGCAGUGAGUCAGACGAGGGCGAGGCCAACAAGGACUCUCCCAGCGAGAGAGACGAAGACAGUGACAAACAAAGCGACACAGAGGUGGACGAAAUGGCUGGUGAUGAUGAGGAGGAAUGGGAGGCGUUACAGCAAAGCAUCCAGCGGCGAGAACGGGCCCUGCUAGAGACCAAGUCAAAGGUGACGCACCCUGUCUACAGCAUCUAUUUCCCCGAGGAGAAGCAGGAGUGGUGGUGGCUCUACAUCGCUGACCGCCGAGAUCAGACCCUUGUCUCUAUGCCAUACCAUGUCUGCACGCUAAAAGACACAGAAGAGGUGGAGCUGAAGUUUCCCGCCCCCUCCAAAACAGGCAACUACCAAUAUUCUGUCAUCCUCCGCUCUGAUUCCUACCUGGGACUGGACCAGAUCAAACCACUCAAGCUGGAGGUCCAUGAGGCCAAGGCCAUGUUGGACAACCACCCACAGUGGGACAUCCCCGACACGGAGGAGGAGGACGAGGAGCAGGAGGACAGCGACGGCAUCGAGGAGAGUGAAGACGACGACGAGGACAACGACUGAAUGCGGAAACACACACAUACAUACACACACACACACUCACUGCCCCCAAUGGACAGGCCACCCACCCACUCCUGACCCCACAGCACUCAAGAGCAGCGAGCUAGGAGCAGCAAAGCCACGCCUGCCACGCCUGCCAAACACACACACACACACACACACACACACACACACACACACACACACACACACACACACACACACAUAGACACACAUAUAGAAUCACCAGGAACGGUUAAUACACACGAGCCCUGCUCCUCUUCCACCAUUUUACCUUUACAAUGACAUGAACUGUGACCCCUGCCCCUCCACUUCCCUUUUCUACAGAGACUUUUCAUUUUCCGCUGCUUGCGGAAGAGAAUUCUGUGAAUACUUACCCAGGCCCGUGUGUGUGUGUGUGUGUGCGCGCGCAUGUGAGAAUGUGUGUGUUUGCACUCCUGUGUGAGUGCACGACGUGUGUUUGUAACCUUGUAAGUGUUUGUACAGGUAUGAAAGCUUGACACACUGUGGACUGGAGGACCUAUUAUCUGGGCUCUUUUUCUUCUUUUUCUCAAGGGGAGAAGGGGAUCUGUAACAGCUAAUUCCGUUUGCAAAAUUAACAAAAAACAAACAAACACAUGACCUCCACACGGAUAUCAUGACAUCGCUCUCGCUCCUAAUUUUAACAUCACUCAGCACCGAUGUUUACCCACACCAAUGAUACUUUCUAUUGUACACUUAAACUGCAGAAGUGUGAGCUUUAGCCCUGUUUGUCGGGGAUCACAAUCCGAGUCAACCGUUGGGACGUUUGCUCCUUUCAGCGCAACGGGGAGGGGGCACAGUUGAGUCUCAUGUAUUUUUAUUUUUCCAGCCGGUCACUUGUAUGUCCUUGUACUCUGUAUGCUGAAGAGGAUGAUGAUGAUAAUGAUGAUGAUGUUGUUGAUGAUGAUGAUAGUAAAUCCACAGAUGGAUACUGAUCUCCAGUGAGUUCUGUUAACAAUGCCUAUUCUGACCCUUUGAUCCACAUCAAACUGUAUUUUUCUGAAAGAGACAGCUGUUGGUUGAAAGCAGGUGGAUCUUGAAAUUAAUUAUGACCCCAAGUAUAAUGGGGAGGGGGGAGAAAAUGACAAAACUUGCAGUGUUAAGAUUUGUUUGAAUUAUUAGUACUCUUCUUGUCCAUAUUCUACAUAAACGUUGUGAGUUUUUCAGUCUUUAAAGGGGCUCAGACAUAUAUAUAUAUAUAUGAAUAGAUAGAUGCAGUAUAAACAUACUCGUGGCUUUUCAGAAAAGUGACUUCCUUUCUCUUCAUCCUUUUUUUUUUAAAACAAUUGUAGCACAUUCCAGUCUAUACUCAUUGUCCGAAAAGGCCUUAUGAAUACAACUGAAAUACCACAACAUACAAGUCCAUGGGUGCUAUGCACCUGUGGAUCUAGGGAGAGCAGAUUAAAAAAAAAACUUUAGUUUCUUUGUGUUUGUAAAGAUCUACAGUGUUUUUCUUUUCGUUUCAGUUUAGUUUUAGUUUCUGCAUAGUAACCUACUAGCUCCUCAGUCUCGGGAUACAUAUCACUGAUAUAUUUCCACGACAAAAGCCUCUGAGUACAGUUUUUGUCUGCUUACAGAGGGUUAGCGGUCAUAUGGUAAAUGUGACUGAUGGGCUUUUAGCCUUGGGACCCUGUGUUAAUGGGAUUAGAGUAUGAGGUCGCUGACACAAGUGGCACUUGUGAUCUGAAAAGUGUCUUGAACAAAAAAAACCCCAUCGAAAGUAACUUGUAGUGUAAGACUAAGCAUAUUCUGUCCAGCACCUUUUCUCUUUAGUUGUAUGUGCAAAGCAAGCUUAGUUUUUUUUAAAUUACAACUGCUAUUUCAAUAAAUGUUCUUUUUUAAUUUUUCUGUCCAAGGAAUACAGAGCAGUUCUGACAAACCAAGAAGAGCCCCUCUCAUCUAAAUGUAGUUGGUUUUUUUUGUCUCAGUGAAGCGGUAGUUAUAACAAAUUUAACACAUACGUCUUGUUUUAUUCCAUUCUAACCCUGAUUUUACAUCUGUUAGACUCAAGAAUGGGGG